CCGUCGCUUCACGCUAAUGAAAUGAGCGGUUCGCUGCUUGGCAGAGGCCGGGGCGGCCGUCUGGUCGUGUACGGGGGUUGUCCAGUAUUAAUCUUCAUUCUGGUGUUCCUCUACCAUGCGGCUACAUCGGAGAUGGACAGGCUGCGGGAACUGCAAGAACAAUGCGUUCAUCAGCAGGAAGCUCUCGCUGCUCAACUACAAGUUAUAUUCGAAUAUAAAGUACGAUUGGAGAAAUCUUUGGCCGAGGAAAAGAGCUCGAACGCUGCGAUAAAGCAAGAGCUGCAACAACGAGCGACUCGCGAGAAGUCGUUGCGCGACAAGGACAGCAUAGAGGCGAUGCAGAGAUUCAAUUCGCUACAGCAGACGUAUAAGAUCCUUCAAUCGGAGCACGAAGAUCUCAAAGAGGAGUGCAAGAAGCGGGAGAAGCUAGCGUUGGAUGAGACCACGAGACUGGAAACGACGCUACAGGAUCUACGAAGUCAACUGCGGCAGUUGCAAAAGGACAAAGAAAAAACAAUGGAGAACUUGAAGAAUAACUACAUGACAUUGCUGGUUGACCACGAAAAGCUCGAGAAAAAGUAUAACGUAUCUGCGAAAAGUAACAGCGAUAACGAAAUGACCAUUUUACACCUCAAGAAAGAGGUUUUUCAACUCCAACGUGAGAUAAAAGAGCUGCGCGAUGGCAAGAGUAACUUCUCUAAAAGCACACCUUCGUCCGAAGCUGUUCUGAAAGUUAGUCCUUUAUCAUCCCGGAAACCCGAUUUGCCGCCGAUCCCAGCGCCGCAACACCAGCAACAGGACUUAGCGCGUGACCUUGUAAGUUCACGAAAAGCGGAAAACAUCACCGUGGCGAGCAACGCCAACAGUUUGGUAUCACCUUCGGUCGCUGACAAAGUCGUACCGCCACCGAUCAAGCCGUUGAAAGUCAAGCUGCCGGUCGGCGUGUUACCGAUUCCAGAAAUGAUCGAGCAACAGAUUAAUAAUGCAGACGACGAGAAGCAUCAAGAGGAAGUUCGAAAGCGAGACGACGCGGCUCACAACAAUGUUCCUCCGCCACCGAGAUUCGCUCCUGCGAAAAACAACAAAGAAGAGAAAGAGCCGAUCGUCGAAGCCGGCAACUUGGACCCACCGUUCGUCGCGAAUCCUGCUCCUAUGCGACCUCUCGGCGAGCAAAUCGAGAGGAGAGCAAACGACGGUGGUUGGUUCCGUGUGAGACCCGGAGUGCAAGAAGUCGGCGAGGAACUUAAUCAAUUGGGUCGGCUUCCUGGAUUGGACGAUGGACAAGCUAACGGCGCUGAUGAUCAAUAUGAUGUAGCUGAUUACGAUAAGGAACCGCAACAAAAGAACGAUAUUCACCUGGCAGAGGGCGAAGACGAAGGAGAAGAUGACGACAUGCUCGACUAUCCGCAUAAUUUGAAGCAAGAAAAGCGGGAAUGAAAAGGCAAGCAUCAUCGUUCGAACGUGAUUUUUCGAACGUGACCAACGAUCGGGUGCUACGGAAGUCGACUAAAAAAAUAGUCAACUUGACCUGACCUGAUCUGACCUGACCGAUCGUUCGGAGACUUAGCGAAAAUUAUUUAUUUUUUGUAUUAUAAUCCAUGCAAAUCGUACACACAUGUGACCUCUGUCACCAAGAACAUGUUUAAAUUUGUUUUCAUGUUUCGAUACGGAGGACACAAGAGUUUAGUCAAACAAAGACCUAUAUAUGAUAGUAUGUGCGUGGUACAAAUGUUAUCAGUCGCUAAGAAUCUUCUAAAGACGCUUCUGGUUAUUUCAAAAGACUCGAUGUGAACGAAUGAACAAAAAGAGACGGAUUGUAUUUUUCUAGUUCUUACUCAUCACAAGCCGAGUGCGUUGAAAGUGACUUAACUGCACUUAUUACUUAAGACACUCGUGACUUUGUUACUAUAUAGUACAAGUGUGUUAAGUUAGAUUUCUCUAAAGCGGUACACGAUGCUUUUGUUUGUCCAAGAGUGCAAUAAAAACAUAUAUAUAUAUGUAUAUAAUAGAUAUAUAUAUGUAUAUAUAUAAAUACAUAUAUGUAUAUAUAUAAAUAUAUUAAAUACUGUAUAUAUAUAUAUAUUUAAUAAAUUAUUGCCAAAUCGUGAUGCUUGUUUAUAGACAGCUAAAGAAAAACAUCAUGUGCCGCUGGUUUUAUUUUUUGCUAAACUUGCGUGUCAAGUUUUAUGACAAGGCAUUGUUAAAAAAUUAAUGCCUACUAGUGAAAUCGACCAAUAGCGGAUCACAAGAAGCUAAAAGAAUAGAGAGUAACUGUCAUGUUUCAUUUACUCUAUCUUUGUCAAAAACUUCGAGAAUUACGACUUAACUUAUUUAAAAUAAUGGAGAUAUGAUACAAGCGUAGUUUAAAAUAUUUUGUUAUAGUCUUAGAAUCAGUUAUAUAUACAUAUACAGAGAGAAGAGACACAGUGUAAUUGUACAUAACGUUUGUUUCGUAAUAAAAAGCAGAUGAAAAAUAGA